GACGUGCCGGUCGGUCACUGCCGAGUGAUAAGCGCAAACUUUGUUGGCCGACUUGCAACACCGUAUGAUUAGUUCCGGGGUACUUAAGUGCGACUCCGAUAGAAGUGCACAACGCCUGUCUGUGUCUGGCAUAUCGAGAAGUAUUUAUACGCACCAAACGCGACCCUCCAGUCAGUCAUCAGAACUGCUCUGAAAACCGGGCUCAAGAUGAUUGUCGAUUUGGCGUCUCGCGUGGGCAACUGGCACUUGAUAAUCAAACGAGCGGUAUUGCUGUACAUCGGUUAUCGUUGCAUAAAAGCGCUGCUCGGGAAAAGAACACAAGCACCUGGACCGAUCAUGUUACCGUGGAUUGGUUAUAUCCCGUGCUUAGGUCCAUCUGCACUCCGAGAGGUCGCCAAACUGCACAAAACAUAUGGUGAUGUUGUGCGGAUAACGCUGAUGGGGAGACCGAUUGUAUUCCUUAACACCUACGAAGCAAUCUGUGAGGCAGCGAUUACAAACAAGAGGAAGAUAGGACGCCACACGCCCACCAUCAACGACUGGCUUGCCAAGGGACGAGGUAUCUCGAAUUAUGAUACUCCCAGGGCGAUGGAGCUGCGCCAAGCCCUGCUUCGAUACCUAUACAACAACGGGCCUGUCAACACGCUUCUCGAUGGCAACCGAGAGAAUGGCUCGCUUUCACAAGCCAUUCAGUCACAAAUCGACGCCUUAGUGGAUGAGCUGAACAAAACUGCGGGAGAACCUGUCAGUGUGACACCCAUUAUGCGUCGAGCGGUUUGGCGGAUUAUGUGGGAAAUUGUUUUCGGACACAAGUGCGACAUGGAGUCGGCAGAUAUCGAUUACAUGUUUCACCGAAUUUCCGGCAACAACAUGGAGAACACGGUGUUAAGCUGCGGACAACUGAUGGAUAAGCACUUACUGUCGGUUGCACAACUCAUACCGGUGAUCCGCCGAAUGUUCCGCGUGCAACGCUUGGCCAAGCGUUACACUCAAGUGUGUGAUGUGCUGAAUGACGCGGUCAAGCGAGUAAGCGAGGAAAGCGUGGGAUCCAGCUCAUUGAUCGACCGGCUCAAACGGGACACCAGGCUUUCAAUUGAAACUGGAGAACUCGAACGAUUGGCGUUCGAACUGAUGGCAGCCGGGACGGAGACGAGCUCGACAACUCUCACCUGGGCGUGUGUCUACAUGAGCGAACAUCCUGAAUUGUUUGUCCAAGAGGAUAUAGAUCGACACUUGAAAAACAUCCACCGCCUUGCAAGUGUCGUACCUUUGGGCCUGCCCUACAUCACCAAAGAACCUGUGACAAUUUCCGGGUAUCACGUACCGAAGGGCACUAUUCUCUUAUUUAACCUUCUGGCGGUGCAUCAAGAGCAAUCGCACAUCUUGGACGAUCCUCCGAACCCAAUUCCCUUCUCGGUGGGAGCUCGGUCGUGUCCUGGAGGCCGACUAGCUGGCGCUCUUUUGAAGCAUAUCGUGAGUACAAUAAAUGCCAAGUUCCUAAUCACUGAAGAAGGAGAUCGCGCAAUUGGAGAAAAUGAGUGCCCCAGGUACGACACCGGGGGACUCACUAGAGGUCCAUCUGAAGGACUCUUUGUAUUUCAUCCUCGGAGAACGAUGUGAACCUGUUGUCACACAGACACUUCCAGCGGUUCGGGAGACCCUAUUUCCCCGCCAUUUUUAAAGUGGAAUAGAGUUAUGAAUAAACAUUUUCCACCAAUU